AAUUUGUUAUUUCUCCACUAAUGCAGCUUUACUAAAAGUCUAAAACCAUGUAUGUUUGUCUUCUACUUUUCCAAUUUUCUUUUGACAACAAUAGUGUCUGUUCAUUCUAAUCAUUCAUUUCUUCCACAAAGAGAGAGAGAAGCAAAUGGCUUACGCUGCUGUAACUUCGCUUAUGGAAACACUCUAUUUACAUUUCUUGCAAUCACAACCACGUUUGCCUAUUGAAGAUUUAGAGGCACAGAUAAGAGAUGGCAAUGAAAAUCUUGGCUUGCUGCAACAAAUUGUUGUGGCUGAGAUGAGAGAGAUGGAGUUGGACGAAGAAGCCUCAUCAAAGCGUCUUCGUAUAAAGGCUUGCUUCCCCAGGCUUCAUGGAAUCUUCAAUAAUGAAGCUAUUAAACAGACUGAUUAUUACCCCAAGAAGAAGAAGUUGAUUAAAAGUGAAAAGCUGCUGCAGCUUGCAGAUUUAGAAGCACAGAUCAGAGAUGCCAAUGAAAAUCUUGGCUUGCUGCAACAAAUUGUUGAGGCUGAGAUGAGAGAGAUGGAGUUGGACGAAAAAGUGUCAUCAAAGUGUGUUCGUAUAAAGGCUUGCUUCCCUAGGCUUUAUGGAAAGCAGCAAGCUGCUCGGGAUAGUACACUAUUGACUUCUCGGCUCAGGGAGAUGGCUGAAGUGAAACAAAAGAUAGUUUCUCUCCAUGAAAAUCUGGGCUUGCUGCAACAAAGUCUUGAGAAAUCUGAGAUCCCCUAUGAUGAUGCUAGGGUGAGGGUGAUGAAAGAUUUAGAGGCACAGAUCAGAGAUGCAUCGUUCGAAUUGGAAGAAAGGAUUGAGAUGGAGUUGAGUACCAUUUAUCUAGCAAAGGACAACCUUCAUAUAGCUGCUUGUCUGCUCAGGCUUCAUCAAAACUUCAAUGAAGCAGAAAAACAGACUGAAUACCAGAUCAGGGAGGGUAAUGAAAAUCUUGGCUUGCUACAACAAAUUGUUGAGGCUCAGAUUAGAGAGAUGGACGAAGCUUGGACGAAGAAGCGUCAUCAUCGAAGCGUCUUCAUAUAAAGGCUUGUCACCCCAGGCUUUAUGGAAAUCAGCAGCUUGCUCGGCUCAGAGAGGUGGGUGAAGUCAAACAAAAGAUGAUGGUCUCUCUCCAUGAAAAUCUUGGCUUGCUUCAGGACAUUCUUCAGAUAUAUAAGAUUGGCAAUGAUGAUGCGGGGGCGAUGAAAGAUUUAGAGGCAGCGAUCAGAUAUGUAUGGUUCAAUGCCGAAGAAAGGAUUGAGAUGGAGUUGACUGCCAUUUAUCUAGCAAAGGAUAGUCUUCUUCAUAUAACAGCUUGCCUGCUCAGGCUUCAUGAAAUCUUCAUAGAAGCA